GAUAUUUUCUUAGUCCCAAUUCUGGAACGUUAGACCAUUCAAAACCAUUUCGUUUCCCUUCUUCCCCACUCCACUUUUUGACUACAUUAAUUCACUCAUUUUCUCCCGUUUCACACACUAUAAUAAACCCCACGAUCUCCAUUUUCAGUUCACCAUAUCAAAUUCAAACAAAUUUCACAAUGCAUAAGACUCCUUCAGCAUCCGCACUUGGCCCUGACGGCCUAGAUUUAUCAAAAAUCUUUUUCAAACCGAUCCACAACGCAUCUCCACCUUCUCCCACGAAGCGCCGCACCAAAAUCUCAGUCAUCGGCACCGGAAAUGUCGGCAUGGCGAUUGCCCAGACCAUCCUCACCCAAGACUUAACCGACGAGCUCGUCCUCGUCGACGUUAAUGCCGACAAGCUCCGUGGAGAAAUGCUCGACUUACAGCACGCGGCCGCUUUUCUUCCCCGUACGAAAAUCCUUGCUUCAACUGAUUACUCUGUGACCGUCGGAUCUGAUCUGUGUAUUGUCACUGCUGGGGCCCGCCAGAUCGUGGGUCAGUCUCGGUUGGAUUUGUUGCAUAGGAAUGUGUCUCUGUUUAAGAAUAUUAUACCGCCGCUUGCUAAACACUCACCUGAUUGUAUUUUGAUGAUCGUUUCGAAUCCGGUUGAUGUGUUGACUUUUAUUGCUUGGAAGCUUUCUGGAUUCUCUUCGAAUCGGGUUAUUGGAUCGGGAACUAAUUUGGAUAGUUCUAGGUUUCGGUUCUUGAUUGCUGAUCAUCUUGAUGUCAAUGCCCAGGAUGUGCAGGCCUAUAUUGUUGGAGAGCAUGGUGAUAGUUCAGUGGCACUAUGGUCAAGCAUAAGUGUAGGAGGGGUGCCAAUACUGAGCUUUUUAGACAAGCAGGCUAUUGUGUAUGAGAAGGAGACACUUGAGAACAUUCACAAGGCAGUUGUGGACAGUGCUUAUGAAGUGAUUCGUUUAAAGGGCUACACAUCAUGGGCAAUUGGCUACUCUGCAGCUAACUUGGCUCGGUCUUUACUUCGAGACCAGAGGAAAAUCCACCCUGUUUCUGUUCUUGCUAAGGGGUUUUACGGCAUUGAUGGCGGGGAUGUGUUCUUGAGCUUGCCGGCUCAACUUGGUCGAGGCGGAGUUUUGGGUGUGACGAAUGUGCAUUUGACGGAUGAAGAGGCGCAGCGGCUCAGGGACUCGGCUAAGACCUUGCUAGAAAUGCAAAGCCAAUUGGAAUUAUAAGUGAUGGAUCCGGUUUAAGAUUCGAUAGUCCGAGUCCUUGCGUUAUGGACCUUAUGGUAUAAGCUGUAGAAAUAACAAGUUAGAAUGGAUUUUGAGGUUUAUCCGGAAAGUCCAUUCCGAACUUAAUAAGUGGUCGAAAUAUCAAUUUUAGCAGUUACUUAUGCUGCUUGUUAAUUUGUUUAGUUCUUCAUCAGAUGUAUGGCGGCUUACUUCUUGUUCCAUUGUCUGCCUUAUGUAAAUAUGAAAUUUAAAUUAACUGAGAUUUGAAUUGCCCC